GUUCCUUCAACCUGCCGCGGCCUAACGGAGCUUCCCCGGCCUCCCGCAGGGGGAAAGCCGCGGCCAUGGAGAAGUACCAGGUGCUGGGCCUCGUAGGGGAAGGCAGCUACGGGGUGGUGACCAAGUGCAGAAACAAGGAGACCGGGCAGAUUGUCGCUGUCAAGAAGUUUCUGGAAAGCGAAGACGACGCGGUGGUGAAGAAGAUCGCCGUGAGGGAAAUCAAGCUGCUGAAGCAACUCAGGCAUGAGAAUCUUGUGAACCUGCUGGAAGUGUGUAAAAAGAAGAAACGGUGGUAUCUGGUGUUUGAAUUUGUGGAUCACACGGUGCUUGAUGACCUUGAGGCGUUUCCGAACGGACUAGACUACAGCAGGGUUCGGAAAUACUUAUUUCAGAUUAUGAGAGGAAUAGCCUUUUGUCACAGUCAUAAUAUAAUACAUCGGGAUAUUAAGCCAGAGAACAUACUAGUUUCCCAGUCGGGAGUUGUAAAACUAUGUGACUUUGGAUUUGCCCGUACCUUAGCAGCUUCUGGGGAAGCUUACACAGACUACGUGGCAACCCGAUGGUACAGAGCUCCAGAGCUGCUGGUGGGAGAUAUCAAGUAUGGCAAGGCUGUGGACGUGUGGGCUAUUGGCUCUCUGAUAACAGAAAUGCUUACAGGAGAGCCCCUCUUCCCUGGAGAUUCAGACAUUGACCAGCUCUACCAUAUCACCAAGUGCCUGGGUAACUUAAUUCCAAGACACCAAGAGUUAUUUUAUAAAAAUCCCCUCUUUGCUGGCAUGAGGUUGCCUGAAGUGAAGGAGGCCGAAACUCUGGACAAACGAUAUCCCAAGCUUCCUGCUGCAGUGCUAGAUUUAGCCAAGAAGUGUUUGCAGAUUGAUCCAGACAAAAGACCAUCCUGUGCUGAACUCUUGCAGUGCGAUUUCUUUAACAAGGAUGGAUUUGCUGAAAGAUUUGCUCAGGAGCUUAAAUUAAAGAUUCAGAAAGAUGCCAGAGACCAUCAAUUACAAAAAAAAUCAAAAAUCGGCAAAAGGGACAAAGAUGAUGUUUUAGAAGAAAGAAAAAUGCUUGGUGUCCAGGAUUUCAGCAUUGACCCAAAGAGCAGAGAUGCAAAGCUAUUAAAGGCGAAGCGCUCUAAAGGUGAUGCAGAGAAAGCAGGCCGAUGCUCCAACCUGAGCUCCCUCUACGACAGUUCGAUCCACCCAUUUAAAAUAAGCCCUCAAACCAGCCUAAAAGAUUCCAGCAGCAGCUUGGACUAUGCCAAGAAUGCAGGCGUAGUUAUCCCUCCCAUCAACCAGAACUUUUCUCCCACUGCAGUUGGGAUGGGUCCUGUGCCUGGGAACCUUAAUUACAGAGUUGAUGAAAAGAGUAAAAAAUACUUGAACCCAUUUCUAAAGCAACGGAAGCAUUCUCCAGCGGGCCAUUACAGUGUAAGCUUGACAUCGGUCACUAAUGAAAAAAACAUCCUUCAAGCAAAUAGGAAAAAAUGGGAGUUCUCCAAGACAGAUGUGCGUUUGCCAGAACUAAAUCAUCUCCCUGAACUGAGAGGGGUGGAAGGUAUGACGUGGCAUCCCAGAUUCCUGAAAAAGGAAAAUAAAACAGUUUCAGAGUCCCGUGUCCCCUCCCUUGCUGCUAUUGACCUCCAUAACCCAAGUCUGGCUUCACAGCAGCUAUCGGGGACCUUGAUGCCUGAUGCAUCCGAGGCCACCUUCCCCAGAGUUGAGCACUAG